CGCCAUCACAUCACAGUGCAAUGCGUUCGAAGCAAUGAUAAAAACAAAAUAUAAAAAUGAUUGUUUUUUUACGUGAAUAUAUGAAAACCGUAAUUUUGUUGUCGUUAUUAGGAUAUGCCUCGACAGCAGCCAGCCAUGACCCUUCGCCAAGAAGCGUGAACGUAGCUUUAGAAACAUCAUUUCUUUUCGAACCAAAGAAUAUUAGGGAGAACAUAAAAUUCGUUAAAAAUAUAAAAGACUUCUUAGACAAACUGUAUGCUAUGUUGGCACCACAGCUCAAAGAUUAUAACACUUCCCAAAAUCCAACAGGCUCAAAACAAUUUAGGGCGGAUACUAUGCAACAAAUCGACAAUCGUCGUUUAGAUUUCUUAGUUUUGUUCAAAGAAGUUUGUUAUAAUAUGGCCAAUGCAUCUUCGUCUACAUUUGACCAUGCACUAUCAAUAAUAAAGGAAGAAAUGUAUCAAAUUAUUGACACAAAUCAGUAUAAGUUAAAUGAAAUAAUACCUGACGAAAAUCUGAAGAAAAUCAUAAAGGAUUCAUUUGAUAAGCUUCAUAACACGACAUAUAAUGUUAAACAUUGUCAUAGAAACCCCAUCUUCAAGCGAUUCGCUAAAAAAAUGGACAGAAUUUACUCAAAAGAAGAUUUGAAAAAGCUACUUAAAUAUUUGAGGAAAUUUAAUAAAGCUAUUGAUGUAAACAGUAAAUUGGAUGCCUCUAGAAUUGUAAAAGAAUUUAUACAAUUUGGUGUAAUUGAUAAAUAUAAUGACCUUAAUGUCCCUGGAAAGAAUAUUUUCAUAAAAGAGACGGGCUUAUUAUUAGAUUAUAUACGAGAUAAAAAUAAGGAAUAUAAAUCAAAACAUCAUGAUGGAACUUCAUCUAAAAAGAUGCAUUCUACUGUACCAGCUAAACAAAUUGUUUUUGCUUUCGAUGACGCAACGAAUUCAACUUCUUUAACCAAUAUGGAUACUCGAAGAUCAAGAGGCGAUAAAGAAAAAAAUGUUGAUAUUGCAAGACCAAAAAAAGAUAGAAAAAGAAGUGGCAACAAUGAAAUUAUUGUUGAUAAUAUUGAACUUAUUGUGCAGUCGCUUAAAUCAUAAUUAUUUUUAAAUGACUUCAAAACAACGCGGUUCUCAAUUUGACUUUUAUGUGCUUUGUGUUGUAUGUGCGCAAUUAUCUUGUGCAUAUCAAGUUUUUAUUAAACUUUAUUGCACUUACAGUGAAAUUGGCGGACUUAAUGCCGUAGGCAUUUUCUGACAGUCGACCAUUGAGUGGUGCAGAAUGAGUGUGAUAUUGAUAUUGCUUCCCUCAUGUGGGCGCCACAAUAUUUUCGCACGGGGUGUCAGUGGCCCUUACGCCGGCACUGGUCCUCCCCCAAUGACUAGACAUCGUGAGAUUGGAACCGUAUCUGCAAGGUUUAUGUGUGCAAAAUAUUUGUAUACUUUUAAGUCAUAUUAUUAGCUUACACUGAAAUACUCAAACGCUACUAGAUUUUAAGUCGCGCUUAAGUAUUUUCUGUCACUAGGAAUUCUUCGUAGAAUGACAGAGAUGGCACGAUAUUUAAGUGCAACUUA